GGCGCAGUUGGAGAUUUCCGUCGCCGCGCCAUGUCCAUCUUUGGCAGCUCGGACCGCUUCGUGGCCGAUGCGGCGCGGUCACCCGGGCCCAUUUACCUCAGCGUCACCGACAACCUCGAGCGGUCGCCAAAAAAGAAGGGCGGCGUCUUGUUCCGGCCAGAUUAUGCAGCGGCCACCGCCGCCCUUGACGCGCCGGUGGGCCAUCGCGACAGCUGGAUCAAAAAUCAAUUUUCGCCGAGCAUCUCCGUGCACGACCACGGCGUGCACGUGGCCCCGAACCUGUAUGAAGCCAACUACGAAGUCGUGAAAUCGCGCGUCCCGGCCGUGAGCUUUCCCAAGUCGGAGCGCUUCUUGUCGCAAAAAGUGUGCAUGACGGACAAGCACCACCAGCGAGAACUUAUCACGUCCGACAGCCCGGGUCCGAAGUACAAUGUCGAGGCGACUACGUUCCGAUCGACGGCGCCGAAGUACUCGUUCUCAAAAGGCCAAGUCAACCCCGUCCGCGUCGGGAGUCCUGUGAAAAGUCACCGCGAGUCGUGGCUCUCGGUCAUCCAUCGGAAAGGUCUCUUUGUCUUACCCCCCGCGGUGCAGCCCCCCGAGAUGGACCCCCCGCCCCCCAGCCUCGCCGAUGAACGCAACCAGCACCAUGAGUCGCGGCCGCAAUCGUCCAACUUUGGGACUGCGCCCCGCUUUGGUUUGCGUGAGAACCCCCGGAAAGACCAAGCGACGGCGGGCAUGAGCCGCGUCCAAUUCAUCUCGUCACGCCACGUGCGUGAAAACAUGGGCGAGUUUUCGCCGGGACCAAUCUACACGCCGCACAAGCCUGCGCCGUCCGGGGGGCGGCUCGCACCGGCCCCUCGCGCGACGAGCCCCCCCAAGCACGACGAGGUACGCGGCCCCGACACCAAUUUGAGCAGUCGCAGCUGCUGGCUUUCGGGCAACAUUCGCAAAAACUCGGGCCGUGAAAUCAUGCUCAUGCGCACCGGGGAUGUGGCACCAGGACCGGGUGCCUACUACCACCCGACCUCGUCGUUUGGCACCGCAAGCUUCUCUCACAACGUCAAGGUCAAGCGAAAGGAUCUGAUCACGCCUCGACGAGCAUCCACGAGUCCGCGCAAGACGCGACCGAGCCCCACGGGUGGCCAUGGCCCAGCGACAACACACUGGCGCGGAUACAAUGACCCCCCGACCGCCGAGCCCGCGCAGUGACGAAGCCACAUUUGCCACGUCAUAGGUUUCUCUGUACUAACGGGAUACUCUACAAUAAAGGGACUCUGCCCACAGACGA